GAGCUAAAAGGGACCAACUCACAACCUGUGUAGAUUGCGAGGAGUGUCUGGACGUAUAUAAAGCAGACGGCCCUUCCAUCUUGACAGACUUGCUUCGUUGACCCGAUAUCUUCUUUCGUGUGCGUGUUUGUUGCGUGUAAAGACCUCCUGCAUUUUUCAAAGUAAAAAGCUUAGAUUGCUUCUCCUCUUCCACCACACACCCAACCAUUUACUUCUUGUUACGAAUCUUCGAACAUCUUCAAAUCAUAAUCCAAAAUGGCACAAGCAUUGAAAAGCGCUCUCCCCUCCCACCUCAAGCCUUCGAGCUUAUCUCCAAACGAUAAUGGCGAAUUCGCCCGCAAGCACCAUGGAAAGACACAAUCACACAUGGCUUUCGAGAACACCUCAACAUCUGUAGCUGCCAGUCAGAUGAGAAAUGCUCUCAACAACCUCGCAGACACCGUUGAGGACCCCGAAGAGAAGAAGCUCUUCGAGACCGAGAUGGACAACUUCUUCGCUCUUUUCCGCAGAUACUUGAACGACAAGGCAAAGGGAAACCAACUUGACUGGGAUCGUAUUGCCCCACCUGCCCAAAACCAAGUCGUCGAUUACAACGCGCUCGCAAACUCCGAGUCGGUUGGGUUCCUUAACAAAUUGGCUGUUCUCAAGCUCAAUGGAGGUCUUGGUACUUCCAUGGGUUGUGUUGGUCCAAAAUCAGUCAUCGAGGUCCGUGACGGCAUGUCCUUCCUCGAUCUUUCCGUCAGACAAAUCGAAUACCUCAACCGCACAUACAACGUCAACGUCCCUUUCGUUUUGAUGAACUCAUUCAACACUGAUGAUGAUACCUCAAACAUCAUCAAGAAAUACGAGGGACACAACAUUGACAUUCUUACAUUCAACCAAUCUCGAUACCCAAGAAUCUUGAAGGACUCCCUCCUUCCUGCACCAAAGACAUUCGAUUCCCAAAUUUCUGACUGGUACCCACCAGGACACGGAGAUGUUUUCGAGUCUCUCUACAACUCCGGCAUCCUCGAUACCCUCAUCAAGAGAGGUGUUGAGAUUGUUUUCCUUUCCAACGUUGACAACUUGGGUGCUGUUGUUGAUCUCCGCAUCUUGCAACACAUGGUUGAGACCAAGUCUGAAUACAUUAUGGAGUUGACCGACAAGACCAAGGCCGAUGUCAAGGGUGGUACCAUCAUUGAUUACGAAGGUUCCGUUCGUCUUCUCGAAAUUGCUCAAGUACCAAAAGAGCACACCAACGAGUUCAAGUCUAUCAAGAAAUUCAAGUACUUCAACACCAACAACAUCUGGUUGAACUUGCAAGCUGUUAAGCGUAUUGUCGAGAACAACGAGCUCGAGAUGGAGAUCAUUCCAAACAACAAAUCCAUCCCAGCGGAUAAGAAGGGCGAGUCUGAUGUCUCGAUCGUUCAACUCGAGACUGCCGUCGGAGCUGCUAUCCGUCAUUUCCACAACGCUCACGGUGUCAAUGUACCCCGUAGACGUUUCUUGCCAGUCAAGACCUGCUCUGAUUUGAUGCUUGUUAAGUCAGACUUGUACUCUUUGAAGCACGGUCAACUUCAAAUUGACCCCAGCCGUUUCGGCCCAGCUCCUUUGAUCAAGCUCGGUAACGACUUCAAGAAGGUAUCCGAUUUCCAAAAGCGUAUCAGCAGCAUCCCAAGAAUUCUUGAGCUUGAUCACUUAACCAUUACUGGAGCUGUCAACCUUGGCAGAGGUGUCACUCUCAAGGGUACUGUUAUUAUUGUAGCAACUGAAGGACAAACUAUCGACAUUCCUCCCGGAUCCAUCUUGGAGAACGUCGUGGUACAAGGUUCCUUGAGACUUUUGGAGCAUUAGAGGGUUACUGAUUUACUUGCAAUGAGCGAUGGCCUUGGUGGAUCUCCUGUUUAUACGGUCCACCAUGCGGCGUGAGUUAUUACAGUUCGAUGGUCUAGCAUGGCUUCUCUAGUACAACGAGUUAGUACCAUACAGACUAGAUGAGGAAAACUAUUUCAAAGUUUUAGCACAAUGAUUGCGAUUACAAAAAUUUAAUACCAAAAUUCAUAAAGAUAUCUCUCGACCCAAUACUUUCA